CACUUUUUCUCUAUACGCAUAUGAUACAAGAGCAAAUCGAUAUAUUAACUCACUUGAAUUUGAAUUUGAAAGCGGUUCGUCAUUCGAUGAGUUCAAUCCAGUCGCCAUAGUUGAUCGCGAAAAAUGUUUUUCAGGUCGCGGCGAUGACGCCCGUCUAGCUUCCUCGGCAAAUGCAGUUGCAAUGUUCACGGACGUGUUACGAUAUUGGUCUGUUGAUAGCUGCCGUAGUCGUUGGUCCAAAUGUGCUUGUCGUCGUCGUAUUGACUGUGUUGGGCUACCGUAUGGGUCUCGUUCUUCUUCUAGAGAUGGCCGUCGUCUAUUGGGUGUCGUUGCGAAAUCCAUCUCGGACAAUAUGAAAAAAAGAGGGACCGUGCUGAACCCGACACACGCGCCUUAUAAUGUGUGUGACUACAGCUCAAAUUCAUUGUAU